UCCCCAGCGACAGUUUGCGGUUGCCGCGUCUGGGAUGGAGCAGCUGGACGAACUGAAGCUGCUGAUGGAGAAGAGUUUUGGGGAGGAGGCUGCGUCGCCCCAGGAGUCAUUUCAGAAAAAGUUGGAAGCUUCCUUUCCUAAAACAGUUCUGAGCCGAGGAAUGGAUAACCGUUACCUGGUUUUAGCCGUCAAUAUUGUACAGAGUGAAGAGGAAAACCAUGAAAAGCACCUAAUCAUUACUGCUUCCAAGUCACUAGAAUCUAAAGAACUGUGCAUCCUCAGGAAUGACUGGUACUCUGUUCCAGUAGAGCCAGGGGACAUCAUUCAUUUGGAAGGAGACUGCACAUCUGAUACUUGGAUAAUAGAUAAAGAUUUUGGAUAUUUGAUUCUGUAUCCUGACAUGCUGAUAUCUGGCACAAGCGUAGCCAGUAGUAUUCGAUGUAUGAGAAGAGCUGUUCUGAGUGAAACUUUUAGGAACUCUGAUCCAGCCACACGCCACAUGCUGAUUGGUACAGUUCUCCAUGAAGUAUUUCAAAAAGCAUUAAGUCAGAGCUUUGCCACAGAAAGGCUGCAAGAACUUGCUUUUCAAACUAUUCAAGAAAUAAGACAUCUGAAGGAAAUGUACCGCUUAAAUCUGAAUCAAGAUGAAAUAAAACAAGAAGUAGAGGAGUAUCUUCCUUCAUUUUCUAGAUGGGCUGGAGAUUUCAUGCAUGAGUAUACUUCAGCUGACUUCCCUCAGAUGCGGCUUUCUCUGCCAAGUGAUGACAGCAAGAGUAAUUCAACAUGUAAUGUGGAGGUUGUAAAAACACUGGAUAUUGAAGAAAGCAUUUGGUCACCUAGGUUUGGAUUAAAGGGCAAAAUAGAUGUUACAGUUGGUGUAAGAAUACAUCAAGGAUAUAAAACAAAAUAUAAGAUAAUGCCAUUGGAACUUAAAACUGGCAAAGAAUCAAAUUCUAUUGAACACCGAAGUCAGGUUGUUCUGUACACACUGCUAAACCAAGAAAGAAGAGCUAAUCCAGAGGCUGGCUUGCUUCUCUACCUCAAGACUGGCCAGAUGUUCCCAGUACCUGCCAACCAUCUAGAUAAAAGAGAAUUAUUAAAGCUAAGAAACCAGAUGGCAUUAUCUUUAUUUCACCGUAUUAACAAAUCUGCUGCUGGAAAGAAGACACAGCUUGCUCCUUUGCCACAAAUAAUUGAGGAAUAUCAAACCUGUAAAUACUGUUCACAAAUGAGCAACUGUGCUCUUUAUAGCAGAGCAGUUGAACAACCAAUGGAUGACAGUUCAGUCCCAAUCAGCAUGCUGCCCAAAAUAAAAGAAGAAACCCAGCAUCUGAAGCUCUCACACUUAGAGUAUUUCAACCUUUGGUGCCUAAUGUUAACUCUGGAGUCACAAUCAAAGGAUAGUAGAAAGAAUCACCAAAAUAUAUGGCUAAUGCCUGCUUCAGAAAUGGAGCAAAGUGGCAAUUGCAUUGGAAGCCUGAUUAGAACAGAACGUGUAAAGACAGUUUGUGAUGGACAAUAUUUGCAUGACUUCUGCCGUAAAAAUGGUGCCAUCCCUGUCACAAAUCUAAUGGCAGGUGACAGAAUUAUUUUAAGUGGAGAAGAGAGAACACUGUUUGCUUUGUCUAGGGGAUAUGUGAAGGAGAUUAACAGGACAACAGUAACUUGUUUAUUAGACAGGAACUUGUCGGGAUUCCCCAAAUCAACUUUUUUCAGAUUAGACCAGGAAGAAAAAAAUUGUGAUAUAGAUACUCCAUUACGAAAUCUUUCUAAAUUGAUGGAAAAUACUUACACCAGCAAGAAACUUCGAGAUUUAAUCAUUGACUUUCGUGAACCUCAGUUUAUAUCAUACCUCAGUUCUGUUCUUCCACAUGACGCAAAGGAUACGGUUGCCUGCAUUCUAAAAGGUUUGAAUAAGCCUCAGAGGCAAGCAAUGAAAAAGGUACUCCUUUCAAAAGACUACACUCUCAUCGUGGGUAUGCCUGGGACAGGAAAAACAACUACGAUAUGUACUCUUGUAAGAAUUCUCUAUGCCUGUGGUUUUAGUGUUUUGUUGACCAGCUACACACACUCUGCUGUUGACAAUAUUCUUUUGAAGUUAGCCAAGUUUAAAGUAGGAUUUUUGCGUUUGGGUCAGACUCAGAAGGUACAUCCAGAUAUCCGGAAAUUUUCAGAGGAGGAAAUUUGCAGAUCAGAGUCUAUUACAUCCUUAACUAUUCUAGAAGAACUCUACAAUAGUCAACUUAUAGUUGCAACAACAUGCAUGGGAAUAAAUCAUCCAAUUUUUUCCCGUAAAAUUUUUGAUUUUUGUAUUGUGGAUGAAGCCUCUCAAAUUAGCCAGCCGGUUUGCCUGGGACCUCUUUUUUUUUCACGGAGAUUCGUGUUGGUGGGGGAUCAUCAACAGCUUCCUCCCCUCGUGCUAAACUGUGAAGCAAGAGCCCUUGGCAUGAGUGAAAGCUUAUUCAAGAGGCUAGAGCAGAAUAAGAAUGCUGUGGUACAAUUAACUGUGCAGUACAGAAUGAACAGUAAAAUUAUGUCUGUAAGUAAUAAGCUGAUAUAUGAGGGAAAGCUGGAGUGCGGAUCAGACAAAGUGGCUAAUGCAGUGAUAAAUCUACCUAACUUUAAAGAUGUGAAGUUGGAACUGGAAUUUUAUGUUGAUUAUUCUGAAAAUCCUUGGCUCGAUGGAGUAUUUGAUCCAAACAAUCCUGUUUGUUUUCUUAAUACAGACAAGGUUCCAGCCCCAGAACAAGUUGAAAAAGGUGGUGUGAGCAACCUAACAGAGGCCAAAUUCAUAGUUUUCCUGGCCUCAGUUUUUAUUAAGGCUGGAUGUAAUCCCUCUGAUAUUGGUAUCAUUGCACCGUACAAGCAACAAUUAAAGAUCAUCAAUGAUUUAUUGGCACAUUCUUCUGUUGGGAUGGUCGAAGUUAAUACAGUAGAUAAAUACCAAGGAAGAGACAAAAGUAUCAUCUUAGUGUCUUUUGUUAGAAGUAAUAAGGGUGGAACUCUUGGGGAGCUCUUGAGAGAUUGGAGACGUCUUAAUGUUGCUAUCACCAGAGCCAAACAUAAAUUAAUUCUUCUUGGAUGUGUCUCCUCAUUGAACUGCUAUCCUCCUUUGGAGAAGCUGCUUUCUCAUCUAAACUCAGAAAAAUUAAUCAUUGAUCUUCCACCAGGAGAACAUGAAAGUCUUGGUUACAUAUUGGGUGAUUUUCAAAGAGGAUAAAGCACCGUUACCCUUGCCUUUUUCUUAUCGGGCAGUGGUCUCUUCCAACUGCUCUCUUUGCAGCUUGGGUGUGCUGUAAAAUCAGCACGUGCUUAGACUGUGAAGAUCAUUCUUAUUCAAAGGCACUCUGUUCAGAGGUCUAGUUUUUUGUUUUUUAUUUUUUUGGUAUAAUCGUAAACAUGAAGCUCUGUCACCAUACAAUAUUUAACACAUUUUUUUAGUACAAAUGUACCUAAAACUGUGAAAAGUCUAGAUUAAUAGAAUUAUAAAUGUGUUUUUGUAUGAUAAAUUUGAUAAAUUUUUACCAGCUUCAAAGAUGGAUUACUUUUAAAUUUGAGGUGUAAACUUUUAAAGUUCAGGGCUUAUUGAUUUUGUAGAUUUUUUUAUAAGAAUUUUGUUUAUUUGAAGACUGGAAAAAGAAAGGUGAUUUCUUUUCUUUAUUUAAGAAUAAUCUUGUGAUGAUGGGAACAUUGGUGUGGUUCUUUUCUAGAUUUCUAGGUCCUGAUCCGAAGGCCAUUUUGCUGAGUUUUUCCCUGACUUUGCUUUCUGCUAUCAGAUUUGUUUUCACUUUAAAUGUAGCCUUUUAAGUUAUGAUUUCUACUUCCAGUUAAUUUCUUAUUCCUUCCCCCUCCCUUGUUAUUUUUAGUAUUCCUGAGAAGAUUUGGAUAUAAAAGGAAAUAAUCCUUGUUCUUGUUGUGAGAAGAAAUUUUAUUUACUGAAUUGACGAUAAAUUAAAAAGAUAUGUCCCUAUAUUCAGCUAUUCAUAUUCAUAUGCCCCUUUGUUUUGGGGCAUUACUAAGUUUUCCCUUUUUAUGUAAAGAUGAUUGUAAAACAAAAGUCAAUUAAGUUUAUGGUGACAGAUUUUAACCUCAGUGUUUUCAUCUUCUAGAGGGAAAUCUUCCAUUUCUCUUAAGGUUUAUUAUUAUUAUUUUUUAAUGCCUGUUAAAUAUGUUAAAGUUUUUGC